GUAAGUUUAGGAACUCAAUUGGAAAUUGUCAUUCAUUAUUUCUCUGUAGAUUACCUUAUUAGUGAUAAACUUAAUUAAUUAGAAUGUCAUAUUCAAUACAAUGGAACAGUAAUAAUAUAAACAAAAUGAUUUAACGUUGAUAUUAUCAUCUUACUUAUUCUCAGUAAUAAAUGUUAAUUAGUCGUCAUGUGGAAGUGCCAUAAAUGCGGUAAACCUGUUUAUUUUGCGGAACGUAAGCAAUCUUUAGGAUACGAUUGGCAUCCUGAGUGUUUAAGAUGUGAAGAAUGUGGAAAGCGUUUGAAUCCUGGGCAACAUGCUGAGCACAAAGGAGUACCAUACUGCCAUGUUCCAUGUUAUGGUGCUCUUUUCGGGCCUCAAUUAUUUGGUCAUGGUACAAGAGUUGAAUCGCAUACAAGUUUUGGAAAGAAAGAAGUUCGUCCAUCGUUACCGAGAUCGCAUUUCGAAUCAAAGUUGAAAUAUUUUAAUCAGUAUUACGAAGGUAAAAGUAAAGGACUCAAAAGUCGCGAAGUCAAUGGAAGAUUGGUAUUCGAAGGUGCCUUGAGAAUAUAUUGGGGAGUCAGAGGCGUUAUUCAUCUUAAAGAAGACGAUGAUCAGCGUACUGUUGUUACUGUGCGUAACAGAAAUUCUUGUAGACAUAGUGUUACCGAGGAUUUGGAGAACGAAGAUGAAACUGAUGUCUCAUUGAAGAGUACGUCGGAAUACGAUACAGAAAGUAAUACAAAGUCGGUUUCACAGUCUCCUGAUCACUUAAAAAGUUUGACUUUGCCUAUGAAUUUAAAUGUUAAGACUAUGGAAUGGGAUGAGCUGGACGAAUUACUCCAGGUCGAACGUAAGGUAGAUGAGAGUAAUAAAUUGUAUUCAACAAUGCCUGAAAAUCUUCCUUCCAUAAGUUCUAAUACUGAAACACCAGUUCAUUCUUCCGAAUCAAGUUUGGAUAAAACAGAUUCUCGUGAUAAUUCUGAAAUGAAUAGUCCUAACCAUCAUGUUAAUAGGGGUAACGAUAGUAGUAUAAAUAGUACACCGACGCAUAGUAUUGGUAGUUCUUCCAGCACCGAUACUCCUAUUUAUCAUGGAACACCAAGUCGGAACGGUACGCUUCGUAGGGUAGAAUAUUUUGAUAAUUUGGAGAAGAAUGCUAUUGGUAAUAGGUCUAUUAGUACUGACGAUAGUUGGAUAGAGAAAGGCUUAAAUCGUUCAAUGUCUGGACCAGAUUGUCUUCAACGACAUCGUACUGACAGUGAUACAGAUUCUGUUAACUCUUUACAAUUUAGAGAAGACGAUAACAUGACAAUGUCAACUGAUAGUGGUUUAGAGUUGGAUGGCGUUGUUCUAAGACGUAAACAAGGAUCCACUGCAAUUAGACGUAGACCAGGUGGUAGACGUCAAUCUCGUAGUCGAUUAAGACGUCGUUGUUCUAUAAAUGGACAUUUUUAUAAUCGCGAAACUAGUUUCUUUACACCACCGCAUGGUUCUCAAAUGUCGGUUUGGGUUACGAGUUUGGUAAACACUCAAGAAGUUAUUAAUCUUAUGCUCGAUAAAUAUAAAGUCGAUGCUAAGUCAGAUAACUUUGCAUUGUUCGUAGUGCGCGAUAAUGGCGAGCAAAGAAGGUUGAGAGAUGACGAGUAUCCAUUGGAAGUAAGAGUAUUAUUAGGACCACACGAAAAUGUAGCACGACUAUUUUUGGUUGAUAAACUUUCAACGCCUGAAAUUAGUUCAGACGUUGCACAGUUCCUUAAUCUUUCGUUAGCAGAAUGUCAUGGUAUAUUACAACGUUAUCAUUACGAGGAAGAAAGACAAAUUGUACUUUUAAAAGAAAAAUACAAAGAGAUGCGAAAAAGAAUAAAACAAAGAAUGGAGGAAUUGAAGGUCCGAUUGUAGUUAGGUGAUUAAAAUCAACGGACACACACGAUAAGCGGAACAUUACUUUUCUAUGCAAAUUUUUAUCUAGAGAAAACAUUUUUUUCUUUUUUUUAUAUUAUUUUUAUCGUAGAUGUUCGUUGCAUUUAUUUACAAUUGGCAUAUAUAUACUGCCAAUUAGUUAAUCUGGUGCAAUUAAACGACAGAGCCAAAUCUCAAUUAAUGAAUCAGUAAUAUGUACUGCAUAUGCUAUUUCAUAUCAACUAGAUUAUCAACUAAGCUUUUAUAUGUCCAUGUGUGUAUGCGCAAGCGCGUGCGCGCGUCUACAUGCACAUUGUUAUUAUAUAAGACACACACAAGUUUAUAAACAAUUAAUAUUUGUCUUUUUUGUAAUCAUUUAUUAACGUUAUUUACUAUAGUGAUAGAAAUGCAUUACAUUAUUACUGUAA